UGCGUCCACCUCCGCUGGAUCUGCGGAACCUUUCCACAAUAAGAGAACACACAGCAAUUACAAGAACAUGGACAGUGCCUUAUAAUCGGACCAGCUUUAUCUCCCCAGAAAGCGACUGUAUUAGCUCAGCAAAUAUCUUUGCCAGUUCUGUCUCAGGAGAAGAGGACGAGAGCUAUAUUCCAAUGGAACAGAGGCAAGGAAUAUCACCCAGUAACGGAAGCUUCCCUUGGCCAAGGAAAUUUAACCUUGACUAUCUUGCGCUGGAUUUUAAUUCUGCAUCUCCAUCGCCUGUGCAAAAGAAACCUUUCCUGUCUGAAGAGCAGAGAGUGGACUAUGUGCAAGUGGAUGAGAAGAAGACACAAGCUCUGCAGAGCACCAAGCAAGAGUGGUCCGAUGAGAGGCAGUCAAAGGUGUAAAACGUUUCAUCAGAGGCUUCUUAUGUUUUGCACUAGAUUCAAUCAUUUUUAUAUUGCAGCUAAAAUGGAAAUUUUUGUAUGAACCGUGAAUGUACAAACGGCCGGUGGAAAUAUAAAGCCAAGGGACAAACUGUAUUUAUUUCCAUAAGUAAUUAUUGUGUAUUAUCAUACACUGAUCCAGUCUGAGCACUGCUUGUAUAUAUAUAUACAGGAUUCAGCCAGAACAGCUUGUACUGAGAGCCUCAGCAGCGUGUAUGACUAAUUGUUUCUGUGCUUUCUAUUUUACCAGUUGAUGUUUGAUAAGCCAUAUGGAAUACAGAGCCUUGAAAAUUACCAUGAGCUUUGAUCAGAAGUGUUUGAGCUGUUUUGCACCAAUCAGCUUCUGUCUUUGUUUUUUUAACCUUUCCUAGGAAGGGAGAAGUU